GCGAGCCAAACCCGCGCGUUCGCAUUUUCGGCCGGCCAGACUCGCUCUCCCGCGCGGAGUGGCCCAGUGACCUUAGCGCUGCCCUUUUGCCGUCGCUGCGGCGCGCCGUCAUCCCGCAUUAGUGCCACGCUUGGAUCUCGCUUGCAACACAGCGGCCCGCCACCCAAAAAGCUGCCCCCGAAGACCAAAGCCCAUGCUUGACGACUCGAAGGACGUCAUCGACGCCAUGCUGCACGGCAACGCCACCUGGCUCCUCACGAAGUCUCCCGAGUUCGCGGACGAGCACGACCUGGUGCAGUUCGUGUCGGAGGCUUAUGGUUCGGUCACCAUCGGUUUACUAGUGCUCUGCUGCGUCCCGCUGACCCUGAGCCUGGUGGGCAGCUACCUCCAGGACCACGCCGACGCCUGGCGGCCGCACUGGAUGAAGGAGUCCUGGGCGAAUACCUCUGAUGCUUAUCGAUUGUUGCUGCAGGAGAUAUAUGGGGGCCGGCGCGCACGCAUAGGAAGGGUGCUCGUAGGUUCUGGAGCCAUCGCCAUGCAGGCCCUCGUAUUGAUUACCAUAGGGCAGCACUUAUGCGGCUUCCGAUCGUCGCGAGGCGCCCACUGGGGCUACUUGCGCCUCGACCCGAAGGACGCCCCGGGGCUGUCGCUCCAGGGCAGAUGCCUCGCUUUUGUGAUGGUCGGCGUGCAGAUCCUGCAAGGUGAUACCAAGAGAGAUUUCACAAUACUAAGAUACGCCAGCCAGCACCCGGGUGGGUUGUUGGGCAACGCCUGUGCUUUUCUCCUUGGUGUGAUUGGCUGUUCGAUAGGCGUCUGCAACGUGAUUCUAGGUGCCGUGUUGAUUGUACGGUCCGAAAGUGUACUGAAAGUACUGACGUCAUUUGCCGGUCUCGCAUACCUCGCAAAAAUAGACAACUGGUUCUGCAACCUUUUCGAUUUGGAUUCAAAUGAUUUGAGAUGGCUGGAGCCGCGGCUCGGUGCGGCGCACCCGCCCAAGGACUCGGGGUUGUUGACGCUGUUGCGAAGGGUGGUCGCCUGGGUGGUCUACCCGGGCGUCUUCGCGUACAUCUUCUUCGUCUGGAUCCCGCUGCGGAGCGUGCCGCGGUGGUGAGGUCUUGGGGUUUCGCGUGUAAAUUAAUUCGAUCUG